CCCUAAAACCCUAGCCGCCAGCCUCCCUCCCCUCUCCCACCAUGACUCCCGACGAGAUCGCAGCCAAGGAGCGCGAGCUCGAGGCCCGCGUCAAAGAACUAGAUGACCGCGAAGCCUUCCUCAACCUGCAAAUCGCCGCCACCACCAACUCCGCCGCCAUCUCCUCUCCGGAUGGCCAAACCACUUCCCCAAACCCUAACCCUACCGAACCCACCACCACUAGCCUCUCCACCUACGCCACCUCAAUCAAGCUCCAUGUGCCGAGCACCCUCAUCCUCACCGACGGCAACUACAUAAACUGGACGGAGCUCUUCCUCAUCGCUCUCGGCCGCUACGGUCUCACCGCCCACGUUAUCGGCGACGCCACUCCCUCCGACACGUCCCCCACCUCCGCUUGGGGCCGUGAUGACUACACCAUGCUCUCCUGGAUCUACGGCUCCAUCGACACCGACCUCCUCGGCAUCGUCAUGCGUCCCGGCUCUACCGCGCACACCAUCUGGGACGCCAUCGAGAACCUCUUCCGCGACAACAAGAAGCAUCGUGCCAUCCAGCUCGAGGCCGACUUCCGCAACACGCCACAGGGCAAUCUCUCCAUCAUCGACUACUGCGCCAACUCAAGAACCUCGCCGACUCCCUCACCGACGUCGGCCAGCCCAUCACCGACGAGACGCUGGUUCUGAUGCUCCUCCGAGGCCUUAACGAUACUUACGCCCAUCUACGUUCAUUUCUCCCCUUUCAGGUGCCGUUCCCCUCGUUUCUUCAAACGCGCUUCGUCCUCAUCCUGGAAGAAACUCAGCGGCGCACCGACGCCCGCAACGCCGCCUCCAAAUGCACUCUGGGCCAUGGGCUAGAGCGUACUGCCCAACAACGGGGGCGCCCGCGCCCCCCUUCUGGCGAUCGCUCAUCGCCCAGCGGACAUGGACGUGGGCGCGGCCGCGACAACCCCUAGCAGUUCAACCCCUGGACGUGGGCCCCUACUCGUGCUCAGCUUCAGCAGGCCCCGUGGCAGCCACCUCCAUCGACACCGUGGCAGGCGCCGUCUCCAGGCCUCCUAGGUCCGCGCCCCAGCAUGACACCACAGGCGUACACUGCCCAGGGAUCCUACGUCCCCACCGCCAACCAGCAACCGUAGAUCGACCCGGCUCUCCUCGCUGCCCUCAACAACCUGCAGCUCCCCGGCGGCGACUGGCACAUGGACACUGGUGCAUCCUCUCACAUGGCAUCCGAUCCCGGCUCUUCCCAGCGGGAUCGUGAUUCUCCGAUGUAACAGCCCGGGUCCUCUCUACACCGUCAACCCACCCGCCUACGCUGUCGGCUACCUCGCCACCAUCUCGUCCGACCUCUGGCAUCGCCUCCUUGGACACCCCGGCCACAUCUCCACGCCAUCACUACCCACCAGCACCACGAAUAAAACAGGACCUUCCCUGUGUCAUGCAUGUCAAUUAGGCAAACAUGUUAGGUUACCAUUUUCUUUGUCGCAAUCGUCUACCACUCGGCCAUUUGAACUUUUACAUUGUGAUCUAUGGACAUCCCCAGUUCUCAGCA